GCUCUCAAGGUGCAUCCUUUAUCCCCGCAGUCACAGUCCAAAUCACUGCGUUCAAAUGACGCAAUGCACUUUAUAAAAACAAACUGACAAUCAACCUUACCUCCGAAAUGUGAGAAGGAAACACUUGAGCUGCGGUUUUGUCCGGUGUCUGAGUUCAUUCCGCUACUCUGAGGGCUCCAGUGCGCGUCUGUAGUGUGCACUAGGCAGUAUGCAGUGCGUAUUAGGAGUCUCUCAGUAAUUGGUCGCAGUGUCCUGGUCAUUAGCUGUAAAAAAUGGUUUAAAAUAUUGAGUGUCGAGUUGUAAAUCGUGUUUAAAAAGUGUGAAAUGGACUUCAGACGCAAGAAGAGACUGACUUUUUUCACUAUCGGGCUGAUUUUCUUACUGAGCGGCAUCGAGUACGCUGUGAUUUUGCCUACAAUAUGGCGUUAUCUGCAGACUCUGAAUGCAGCGCCGUAUUUCCUGGGCCUCAGCCUAUCAGCAUUCAGCUUCAGUGGGCUUCUCGCGGGCCCUUUAUUCGGACACUGGUCAGACCGAACACUCACCACCAAGAAAAUCAUCCUGUUCGCCAACAUCUUUGAGAUCGUUGGUAAUUUCAUGUAUUUUAUGGGAUUCUCCAAAUGGUUGCUGCUCAGCAGUCGUUUAGUUGCAGGUAUCGGCACUGGAGCCGGAUCGUCAAUCUUCGGCUUUUUGACUAGAAAUACAGCUCCCGAGGACAGAUCCACUGUUUUUGCUGCUGUCAUGGCCUGCCGUCAAGCUGGGCUUCUGAUUGGUCCUGGAUUUAACCUCUUCCUCAGACUCUGUGACUUUGAGAUGGGACCGUUUAUUGUGAACAAAUACACCGCUCCCGGGCUCUUCAUGUGCCUGCUGUGGAUCCUCCUCCAGCUGGUGGUGGUCUUCAUGUACUGGGACAUCUCUCCUGAAGAUGAGCGAAGGAGCCAGAGGAGCCCAGAGCAGGAGGAAGAAGAAGAAGAGGAGGAGGAAGAGGCCAAACCUCUGGUCGGCCCCAACGAGCUGAGCGGUUCAUACGGGACUGUCACCAGCAUCCAGUCCAGAGCCUCCUCAAUGGCCAACGGGGACCUGACUUGUGUUUCUCCUCCACCGUCACCCACUCCUGAGGAGCUCAGCUCCAGUGUCUUCAAGAGCUUCAGUGCCAGCAGAGAGUUCCUCAGAGAGGAGGUGGUGGUGCUGUUAGCUGCUCAGUUUAUCACGCUUUUCAAUCAGACCGCACUGGAGACUAUGGUGACUCCUCUGACGCAGAAGUUCUUCAACUUUGGCGAGCUGGAGAACAGCAUUAUGUACUGUGUGUGUGGCGUGGAGGUGAUCGCUGGCUUUCUGUUUGUGCGCUGGUUCAGUAAGCGUGCGGCGGAGCGUGUGGUGCUGGCUGUCGGACUGAUCCUCUGCAACAUCUCCUGCGUCUGGUGUCUGAUCUUCCUGGCCAAUCCACAGGGUGGCUUCGCAUGGCAGCUGGCAGAGUUCAUCAUUGGUGUUUUCCUUCAGGUCCUGGGCCUCCCAUUUGUGGCUGUCGCUCAGGUGUCUCUCUUUUCCAAAAUCACAGCAGAGAAAACACAAGGCUUCAGUCAGGGCAUCCGCCGCUCUGUGGGAGGACUGGCCACUAUCCUGGGUCCUCUAUGGGCCGGUGGUCUGACUUCUAACCUGUACGUGAUGAUGGGCGUCAUGAUGGGCCUGCUCGCCCUGCUUACUGUGAUGAUGGUGGUGUCAUAUGAGCGUCUGGUGGAGCCUGUGACUGUAGAUGAUCCAACAGAAACCGAAGUUGAAGACUGACCCAGGUUUAGCCGUCACCUGGUCCGUUUGCCGAAUCGUUUGACUCAUUUGAAUCAUUUGGAAGCUCUUCAGGGUUGAUUGAGUCGCAUGUGUUACUGCAGAUCCAGAUGAGUUUGAUCUGAUUCACUGCUGACACGCAGAUUUGGAGACUUCAGGACUGCGGUAAGAGGAAUGAAACAGACCAAUGAGAGGAGGAAUAAAUGUGGAGAAUAGUCGAAUCAUUUCUGCACUGUGCGGAGUUUGGAUGUGGGGGAAAAGACUCUUGAUCAAUUCCACUAUAUUUCCUAUGGAAAUUCCUGUAGAGUAAAUGUUUAAAGGAAGAACAGGUUAUAUUCUGUGGGAAAACUCUGUGUGUGAGAUUUUAUGUCAGUAAAGCGAUAAAUGCAAUAAUUUUAGCACAAUAUGUAUUUGGGAGCUGUUAUUGAUUUAAUGAAAGAAUUAAAUUAGCUGUGUGUUUGCAAAAUGAUAAA